AUGGAGGACGUUUUUGAAGAAAUAUUUAUCAAUCCAGAUUUCCGUUUCGAAGACCCGCAAGCCACUUGGUGGGGCAGCUUCUCACCUACAAUGUCGCGGAAACUUGAGACGCUUCAAAAAUUGCUACACCGCAACCUAGAUGUUGGCCUUGUGCUUCAUAAGGCAACUGCGGAUCCCGAAUUCGGUGAUUCGGACGAGGAGGACAGCGGGAACAUAGAGGAGGAAAAGAAUUUUGAACUUUGGAAAAAGAUAUACGAGAGGAUCGAAGCUAAAUAUCAGAAGCAAGACUGUAAGCCUAAAACCACAGAAAAUGGCUGGUGGACUAAGCCCGAAGGGUCCUCUGAUUGGGACUGA